CCAAGUUGGAUUCAAUAAUUAUUUUGUGGCUGUGUUAGAGAAGAACCUCCCCAAUCAAAUCAAAAAUUGCAGAAACUCUCCACCCAGAUGGAAAUCCCAAGGUCUAAGCCCAUCACUCUUAUAUCCAUGCAAAAUCAAUAGGAAGGUUGGCUCAAUAAAACCACUUCUCAAGAAAUUGACUACUUCGAACAGGGACAAUAUGAUAACGACUCAGACGAAGGUCAUAAAAUUUAUAAUAGACAACUCUCUUAUUUGGAGAAACAAUCACUUUUACAGAAAACAAAUUUUUCAGACGUAAUCAAAUUUGUUUAUCUUAAAGGAAUUCAACUCCAAUAAUAUAGAAAUGAAAUUACUUCAUCGUUGUGGUGGCUUGUUAGCUAGGCAAAGUAAUCUCCAGAUUGAAAUGCAAUCACAUCAAUCAAUGAUGAAAAUUUUUAAAGAUGUGUAUUUGAUCGUUUAAGACAGAGAAUUCGAAUCCAAAUUUAAAGCCUUACUACUCAACCCUUCAAUUGUUGAUUCAAUUAAUAAAAGGAUCAAAUCCAAUUCAAUUUUGCUAGCUCAUGAUCCCACUGGCUCAAUUUUACUAAAGUUGGCUAGUCAUACUAGAACUAUAUAUUAUUUAGAAUCUGAUAAGACCUAUAUUGAUUUAAUAGAUAGAGGAAUCUAUAAAAUGAAUGUAAAUGUUUAAAAGGUCUUAAAGAUGGAUUUGUAAAAUAAAAUUGAUGUUGUAGUUGUUAAUCUGUAUUUUAUUGAUUCCAAAAACAACCUAAGAAACAUAAUGCAUGAAUAUCUUUAAUAUGCUCAUGAUAUUAUUAUCAUUUUACAGCCCAAUAUUGAAAACUCUCUUAUUUAUUCUUAAGCUGAAUAAGCUAUUUCACUUUCAGAUUAAUCGAAAUAAACUUGCAGCAUAGAAUUAUAGAAUAUUCUUGAAAAUAAUAAUUGUGUUGCUAAAAUCCUUUAUUUCGGUGGUGUUACUGAAGUAUUUCAUAUUCAAAUUAUUUUAGAUUACCUUAAAUGAUGAACUUAACUUUGUUUAUUCUUGUAUAGAUUCAUCAGUCAAAAAGUUGUACAAUUAUAAAUUGAUGUUUAAAGACCUCAGAAACCAAAUGGGAAUGACAAAAUUAAUUAAAUUGCUCAAUGAAUUCCAGAUCAUCUAGGGAAUAGGGUAAUUUAUUGAGUUUUCCACAAAUCUAAAUGGAUAUCAAGAUAAAUACAGAUUAACUAAUAAUCAAACUCAAGAUUUCGAGAAUGAGAAUAUCGAUGAUAAAGACUAGUUAAUCGAAAAAUAGUCUUCGUCUUCUUCGACAGAAUCCGAACCAGAGGAGGAUCAAAAUUAAGAGAGACUUGACUUUAGAAGUGAAACUUUAAAUUAAUCAUCAAACUCCAUUUAAUAACCCCCUGUCUUAAGACAUGCCAAUUCUUAGCCAUUUGCUAUUUGA